CUAGGUUGAUGUCAGUGACAGGAUUACAGAUUAAUGUCAUCUUUUUCAGAACAAUCAAGAUGGCUMUGGUGUCAGAGUACCUGGGAAAGUUGACUCUCAAUUUUGGGACCGAAUCCAAGUACCCCACUGUGGUACCCUUUAGGGACUUUGACCCAGACAGAGAUGCUACCAGAAUAGAGACUGCUAUCAAAACCAAAGGAGUGGAUGAGCAGACCAUCAUUGACAUCCUAACUCAGAGGACCUACGAUCAAAGGAGAGAAAUUGCUUUUGCAUAUGAAAAGCGGGCAAAGAAGGACAUGAUCACAGCUCUGAAGGGAUCAUUGUCUGGCUCACUCGAAGCAGUGAUCCUUGGACUGAUGCAGAGCCCAGCUCAGUAUGAUGCCUCGGUUAUCAGAGGAUCCAUCAAGGGUUUAGGAACAGACGAAGACACUUUGAUUGAGCUUCUGUGCUCACGCAGCAAAAAUGAGCUGGUGGAAAUCAAGAAAGUCUACAAAGAGUUGUUCAAGAAAGACCUGGAGAAAGACGUGGCUGGUGAUACUUCUGGGAACUUUGCCAAGCUGCUUUUGGCUCUUGUGGGGGUCAACAGAGAUGAACCUUCYGCUAUUGUAGACUUUGAGAAGAUUGAUCAAGAUGCCCGUGCUCUUUAUGAAUCUGGAGUGAAGAUCAAAGGAACGGAUGUGAACACCUGGAUCUCCAUUAUGUGUGAGAAAAGUUUCCCCCACCUGCGAAAAGUGUUUGAGAAGUACAAGAGUUACAGCCCCUACGACAUGCAGGAGAGUAUYGUAAAAGAAGUUAAAGGAGACUUACAAAAGUCUUUCCUGGUGCUAGUUCAGUGCAUUGAGAACAGACAACUGUACUUUGCCAAGAGACUAAAUGAAGCCAUGAAGGGUAAAGGAGCCAAGGAGAAGAUGUUGACCAGAAUUAUUGUGUCGCGCUGCGAGGUGGACCUGAAAAAGAUCUGCUGUGAAUACAAGGCCAACUUUGGACAGUCUCUGCAGCAGGCCAUCACAGAACAUACCAAAGGAGACUACCAGAAGGCUCUGCUCAGCAUCUGUGGAAAAGAGUAAUUUCAAAUAAGUAGUCAAAGAUAUUAUUUUCAGUUACUGGAGGUUAAAACUGGAAUUUUGGGUUCAUGUAAUCUUCCUGGAACAAUUUGAUGCAAAGAAACUUUUAUAGAAGUUAAACAUUGAAGGAUAAAAGUUGAUCUUUUUACUUAAAAAAAAGUCUGCACUGAGUUUGUGGUUAGUUGGACCAAAACAUUAAUAAAAUUUCAGUGAGUGCUUUU